AUGCUCAGACGACCUGCAACAACUCUACACAUUACUUCAGAGGACGUCGCUUCUUACGAGGACCGUCGUGCGCGUGAAGCCCUCGUCGCAGCACAGCAAGCACGAAGAGCCGCUGCUGUGGCGGCUGCUCAGCAGAGUCAGGCUGAUAUGGAGGGCGUCCAUCAGGCGCUGCAGGAGAGGGAGAGGGAUGAUGAUGUCAGGAGGGUCAGGGAGGAGAGAAUCGGUGUUUCGAGGAGGAGAUGA